AUGUGUGAAGAAUUGACACUGAAGAAGAAUUCUGUUUUGCAAGGACCACAGGAUACCAUAUUUGUGAAACACUUUCUUCCAGAAGCAUUGAGUCUCAAGGUGCACAGACCAAAAUACCUACAAGAGAAAGCCUUCAUAAGCUCCAGUAAAACUUCACUAUCAGUACUAGUGGAUACAAAAGCUGUGCUCACUUGCCCUCCUGUGCUGUGGCUAAGUGUGUUGGUAACAUGGGAAAUAGUCCUCAGAGACAAGCCGCCCUGCUUCAGAGCCUACAGAUGUGAUACAAAUCAGACCAUAGGAGGAAACUGUACUGAUAAGAGAAUAACCUGGGCCUCUGGACCUGAUGAGAAUCCUGCCCUUCAGAUCGAUCCAGUGGCCAUCACUCAUGAUGGGAAUUACACGUGCCAAAUAGCAACAAGUAAUGGGAAUUUCCAGCAUGAAUAUCACCUCCAAGUGUUAGUGCCCCCUGAAGUGACCCUUGUUCAGACUGAGAAGGGAACUGCAGUGUGCAAGGCUGCUGUAGGGAAGCCGGCUGCACAGAUCUCCUGGACCCCAGAGGGGGAUUGUGCCACUGAGCAAGAGCCUUACUGGGGUGAUGGCACAGUGACCGUCCAGAGUACUUGCCGCUGGGAGGGCCACCAUGUGCUGAAUGUGUCCUGCUCUGUCUCCCACUUGACUGGCAACAAGAGUCUGUCCAUAGAGCUGGAUAAAGGUGUCAGAACCCUGGGAUUUCCAGGAUCAGACUUACUGAUCAUUCUAUGUGUGAAAUCCUCUCUUUUGUUGGUUAUCCUGGUCUUCGUGGGAUUCAUCCACUUCCAGAGAACAAAAGAUUGCAGCCAGUUUGUGCCCAGCCAGCUGCAGUGUGAGGUCAAAGGGAUGCUGCAGAGCCUCCCCUUGCUCAUCCUAAAGGUUUUAUUCAGGAAUCUUACUGAAGAUUGUAACCUGGAAGACAGCCGCUCAAAGGGCUCAGAGAAACAGCUCUUAAGAGGGUGCCACGUGCAGAAGCCUUGCCGCCAGCGCUUCAGGCCAGAGCUCCUCACAAAACUGCUGCGUCCGACACUGACAUUCAAGAUGGCGGCAGUGAUGGUGUGCAGAGACGCUGUGCCCCUACAUGCGAUUUGGGGCAUGAACGGCACAGCCCUGCGAGAGCUCAGCCCCCUUCCAGCUGAGGCUGUCCGUUGUCCUGAUAAAGUACCCACCACAUAG